AUGUCGGUAGUCGUGAACAAGAAGGAGCAGCAGGAGGAGUACACCAUCAAGCCCCAGGCGGUGACUCCUCCUGUGGACACCAGCAAGUGGCCGCUGCUGCUCAAGAACUAUGACAAUCUUCUUGUGCGAACCGGUCACUUCACCCCGAUCCCCAACGGAUCUGCGCCGCUGAAGCGCGAUAUCAAAUCCUACAUUAGCUCAGGUGUCAUCAACCUCGACAAGCCCUCGAACCCUUCUAGUCACGAGGUUGUGUCCUGGGUUAAGCGGAUUCUUCGUGUUGAGAAGACUGGUCACAGCGGUACCCUCGACCCCAAGGUCACGGGCUGCCUGAUUGUCUGCAUCGACCGAGCGACUCGACUGGUCAAGUCCCAGCAGGGCGCCGGAAAGGAGUACGUGGCCAUCAUCCGCCUGCACGACAAGCUGCCUGGCGGCCAGGCCCAGUUCGCCCGCGCCCUCGAGACCCUCACCGGUGCCCUGUUCCAGCGCCCGCCCCUGAUCUCUGCCGUCAAGCGACAGCUCCGUAUCCGAACCAUCCACGAGAGCAAGCUGAUUGAGUUUGACAAUGACCGUCACCUGGGUGUCUUCUGGGUGAGCUGCGAGGCUGGUACCUACAUUCGAACCCUGUGCGUGCACCUGGGUCUGCUGCUGGGUGUCGGUGCCCACAUGCAGGAGCUCCGACGUGUGCGAUCCGGUGCCAUGGACGAGACCAAGCACCUCGUCACUCUGCACGAUGUGCUGGAUGCUCAGUGGAUGAUGGACAACACUCGGGACGAGUCGUACCUGCGCCGCGUGAUUGCGCCGCUGGAGACUCUGCUCCUGGGCUACAAGCGUCUUGUUGUCAAGGACAGCGCUGUCAACGCCGUCUGCUACGGUGCCAAGCUUAUGCUUCCCGGUCUCUUGCGCUAUGAGUCUGGCAUUGAGCACCACGAGGAGGUUGUCCUGAUGACCACCAAGGGUGAGGCUAUCGCCAUUGGCAUUGCCCAGAUGUCUACGGUUGAGAUGUCUACGUGCGACCACGGAGUCGUGGCCAAGGUCAAGCGCUGCAUCAUGGAGCGUGACCUGUACCCCCGACGAUGGGGUCUCGGACCCGUCGCCCAGGAGAAGAAGAAGCUCAAGGCCGACGGCAAGCUGGACAAGUUCGGCCGACCCAACGAUGCCACUCCCGCCAAGUGGACCUCGGAGUACAAGGACUUCAGCGCGUCUGACGCCGCCGCUGCCGCUGCCGCUGCUGCUCCCGCCACCACAACCUCGAUCCCUGUCCUGCCCUCCAAGAGCGAGCAGGCUGACGCCAAGAUGGACGACGCCGCAGAGGCCCCCGCCGGCGAUGAGGACAAGAAGAAGCGAAAGAAGCACGAGGGCGAGACGGCCGAGGAGAAGGCCGAGCGGAAACGACGGAAGGCGGAGAAGAAGGCGGCCAAGGCAGCCAAGAAGGGAGGCAAGGGCGACGACGAGGACAGCGAUUAA